UCGCCGAAGUAGAGAACUAUGUGUGACGUGAACGUAACUGUGUGCUGGUUGCCUUGGUGACAGGGAGAAGGUGCAGCUGAUCCGUGCGGACGGGGCGCCGGGAUUGGCCAGGCUCUCGGGCGAUGCCGACCUCGUCAUCCUGCUGAGUUUGUUUGAAGAGGAAGUGAUGUCGUACAUCCCUCCGCACGCCCUGCUGCACCCCAGCUACUGCCAGUCACCGCGGGGGUCUCCCGUGUCCUCCCCUCAGAACUCCCCCGGAACCCAGAGGGCCAACGCGAGGGCCCCGGCCCCCUACAAGAGAGACUUUGAGGCCAAGCUGAGGAACUUCUUCAGGAAGCUGGAGACCAAGGGCUACGGCCAGGGGCCCGGGAAACUCAAGCUGAUCAUCCGGCGAGACCACCUCCUGGAAGACGCCUUCAACCAGAUCAUGUGUUACUCCCGCAAGGACCUGCAGCGCAGCAAGCUCUACGUCAGCUUCGUUGGGGAGGAGGGGCUUGACUACAGUGGCCCUUCCAGAGAGUUCUUCUUCCUGGUUUCCAGAGAGCUCUUCAACCCUUAUUAUGGGCUGUUUGAGUACUCGGCCAACGACACCUACACCGUGCAGAUCAGCCCAAUGUCGGCCUUCGUGGACAACCACCACGAGUGGUUCCGGUUCAGCGGUCGGAUCCUGGGUCUGGCUCUGAUCCACCAGUACCUGCUGGACGCCUUCUUCACCAGGCCCUUCUACAAAGGACUGCUGCGCAUCCCGUGUGAGCUGAGCGACCUGGAGUUCCUGGACGAGGAGUUCCACCAGUCUCUGCAGUGGAUGAAGGACAACGACAUCGAGGACAUGCUGGACCUCACCUUCACCGUCAACGAGGAGGUCUUCGGGCAGAUCACGGAGCGGGAGCUGAAGGUGGGCGGGGCAAACAUCGCCGUGACGGAGAAGAACAAGAAGGAGUACAUCGAGCGGACGGUGAAGUGGAGGAUCGAGAGGGGCGUGGUCCAGCAGACGGAGAGCCUGGUCCGCGGAUUUUACGAGGUGGUGGAUGCGCGGCUGGUGUCCGUGUUCGAUGCCCGCGAGCUGGAGCUGGUGAUCGCAGGGACGGCGGAGAUCGACCUGUCGGACUGGAGGAACAACACGGAGUACAGAGGAGGUUACCACGACAACCACAUCGUGAUCCGCUGGUUCUGGGCGGCGGUUGAGAGGUUCAACAACGAGCAGCGACUGAGGCUGCUGCAGUUUGUUACGGGUACGUCCAGUAUCCCGUACGAGGGCUUUGCGUCUCUGCGCGGCAGCAACGGACCGCGCAGGUUCUGUGUGGAGAAGUGGGGGAAGGUCACCUCCCUGCCCAGGGCUCAUACUUGCUUCAACAGACUGGACCUGCCUCCAUACCCGUCUUUCUCCAUGUUGUACGAGAAGAUGCUCACAGCUGUGGAGGAGACCAGCACCUUUGGACUCGAGUAGGGCCAGCCGUGCUAUCUCUAACCGCAUUUUCGUGUGGAUCAAAAAUGAGGAGUACCGGUCCCAGCCACCAGAUGGCGCCAGAAUACAAGAGUCGGUGGAUGGGUUUGAUAUGAGGGAAAUUCAACAUUCAAACAGCCCAUUAUUUUUCACGUGACCUUUUGAACCAGGAAGUACAGACGGAAUAAGGAUGUGAGCCUAUCACUGACCUUUAUUUUUAAGGCUUAUUGGUCCGAAGAACUAUGUGACUAGAUGGGAUUUAAGUUUUUAUUUUGUUUUUGAGAUCCGUACAGACCCUGCCACUUUACCGCAGUGCAGAUGCAUGUGUGCGUGUACGUGAUGAAACCCUCCUUCUCGAUAUUUACUGCUGAGCGAUGAAGACAUAGAAGCUUUUGGUUUUCAACCAUGGACUCAAUCAUGACAUAGGAUUAGGAGAUACUUUUUACAGUUCCUGCAAUGCUAGGAAGGGAGAGAACACUGCUUUUAAGUCUCCCGAAGGCUAUCAAAGAGAUGAACAGACCUCACCUUCACCUUAAAACACAAUGACAAUGUCCUGUUUUUCUUUUUUCUUUUAUUACUUUAUUUGAGUUUUUUUGUUUCAAACAAAGUUUACCAUAGCGAAAGGAGUAGGUGAAUUCACCGAAGAUUCCACACGAUGAAGCUGCAAUUCACAUUCAGGAACUUUCUCAGGCCUAAUGUUGCUACUUUCGCCUCAAAACAGCCUAUUCGGGGACUAUUUGAAGGUCAGUCGUUUUGGCGCUCCUAUGUGGUCCAGCAGGGUAAAUGUACCCAUGUGGAUCCACAGUAGCACUUCUCAAAAGUCAAUCCUUCAGACCAUCAGAAUGAAGACUGAAAUGGGGGUAUUUGGGGCGUAUAGACAAAAAGCUUUAGUGUUGUAAUAACAGUAUUUUCAGCUUUUUACAAAUAGUGGAUUUUCUAUUAAUCCUGGUGGUGAUAUGUUGUAUAACGAAUGUAACUGACUUUGAUGACGUAAACUAUGAGUGGUGUGCGUUUUCCCUUUUCAUGAUCUGAACCGGACUAAUUGUUAAUUAAAAUCCUCCAUUGCUAGGUGGUUUUCCACUUUUCGCACAAGUCAAUUUUUGUACAAAUCGUACUAAAUAGAGUCUUUAUUAAUUUGACCGCAAAGUAAAGUAGUUAUUUUCUCAGGCUGCACGCAAAAUGCUUAUUCUCAGCCUGGCCUUUUAUGUAUGUUAAAUAUAUAUAUAUAUAUAUAUAUAUAUAUAUAUAUAUAUAUAUAUAUUUUAGCAAACUUUGAUAAAGUUGACAUAAUUGAUCCAUUAAGUGGAUUAAAACUGCCAUUUUGACACGGUCAUGUGUUUACAAAAUGCGGGUCUUUUUAAGAUGCCCUCCGAUUUUUUUGUUCAACACUUGCUUCGCUUUUUUUAAUUAAUUUCAUGACGCUCUCAGCUGAGAAUGUUGGGAUGGUGAAAAGAUUUUUAUUUAUCGUCAUUCACCAACCCUUUUCACCCCUAAAUUCAGGCCUAUAGCAUGAUUCUUCAUUGACCGAUACUUGUGAUAUUACCAACCAGUUGUGUUUGUCAAGAGCACCUAAACAACAGACACGUUGGUCACACAUGGAAUACAUCACAUCUUCCCUAAAAAGAUUGGAAAAUAUUUUGAUAGUUAUGCUAUAGUCUUUUUGAAGUUUUUCCGCCUUUUGAGAUGACCCAAUGUUGUAGCAUUUUUGUUAACGUAACUUAUUUUCAAUAACUUAACGACAAAAUAAAAUAAUCAUAACCAAGAAGCCAAGCCUGAUAAAAGGCCAGCUUGAAUUAUAUCCAUUGGUGACAUCACAAAUGGGGGUUCCCACUCUCACACCCCCAUUUCACCAAGUGGCCCUUUAAGGGCAAUUGCCAAUAUUAAUAUUGAUUAUUAUUAGUAGUAGGAUCUACAUGGCCUACAAGUGGCCCUCUUCACUGGCCUUCCCUUUGCACUAUGAAUGUAAGCAAGCCUUUUUGUGAAGUCACUGCCACACAGAACACUAGCCUGGGUUGUAACGAUGACAGCACCUGCCUUUCUGCUGUAACCUUUUCUACACACCAAUAGGCUUAAUUCUCACUCGUUGGAUGGGGAUGGAUGCCCCCCCCCCCCCAGCCCAGCUAGCAUUUAGAACUAAGAUAGCCGCUAGGUGGAUAAUGCCCAUGAUCACCAAUAUUGACAUGAACUUAACCUUAAAGACAUCAUUGGGUAAAAAAUUUAACUUUGGUCAUAUUAAAAAGAGAAACAUUUAAAGUGAAUAUAAUUGUAACAAAACUGCAUUUAGAAAGAAAACACUUUGGUAAUAAUGUUUUUUAAAAAUGUUUUUUAUUUUAAAUUGCUAAAUUUCAGAUGCUAACUGAUUUUGAAGCGAGUCUCGGAGCUGCUUAAUGUUCCAGGUUUACAAUAACAGUGACCAGCUUUUCUGCCUCUCACAUUUCACACAGAAACCUAAAUCUUUUCCUUCCAGUGACGGAUCACAUACUGUUUGUGUGGUGAAUGUACCAGGAGGUUUCAGGGCCUUAAGCAAGUUGUGGCUUUACCUGUUUGUCGCCCUAUUGUCUCGAGUCCUUCUUUGAUUUGUGAACAUAACUGCCUCAAACUCAACCUUCAAAAUACUCCUGUCUGUACCAUCACUGUCUUGCUCUGUUCCACGGUCAACUGUCAUUAAAGAUGACGUGAAAUUAAAUUAAAUUAAAAUGUUCUAUUCUUAUUCCCAGUCAUACAUUUCAACAGGUCUACAAAUUACUUUUUUGAUUAGAUGUUGUACAUACAAAAUAAAGAUGACUUACUCAAGAGAUUUUAAUCUUGGUUAACUGUUUAGUUAGGGCCUAGCAUUUUUAGUGAUAGAAUCACAACCUGUUUAGCAUGACCGCUCUCCCAUGUUUUGCAACUUUUGUCACGAUCAAACACUGAGGACCAAAGUCCAUUCCCACUAUACGUUUUAUUGCCACACUGUCAUAUUUGGACAUCAUAUCAGAACAAGAUUUUCUUCUUUAAAAUGUCUUUAAAAGCAGAUGUUGAGCUCCUUUCUCUGCAAACAUUGGUUAUUUUUUUCUUGGCACUUGUGCUCUGGGGUUUGGUCUAGCACAAAUGCCAUGUCAAUAUUUUAAAAGAAUAUGUAGGUUUUGGGGACAAGUGUCUGGCUGUAGAAUUCCACUCUAUGCAAAACUUCACUAUAAUUUCAUCUCUGUCACUCACUGAUUGUAAAGAGAUAAACGGAAGAUAAUAAAUGGAUACAAAAAUAUAAA